GGUGGUCGUAAAGCACCGUUUCGGUCACGUUUCGGAUACCGAACCGAAGAUAGCAGUGACUAAACCACAUGAAACUAUAAUGAGAAAACUGAAAUAUGAAUCAAUAAUGAGCAAUGGAGUUUGCCUGCGGACCUGCCUGUACGUUACUGUCUCGUGUGAGACUUCUUUUAUUCAUCGGGUGUUUUUGUGUUGGCAGGCAGUGCUUCUUCAGACGGCGAGAGAAAACGACAGAUCAUAAUGGCUGAAUCUAAGUUACAUUACGAAGAUCGCUAUAUGAAGUCGUAUGAGGCUUUCAUUGCAUCUUCAAACAAGUAUGAACGGCAGGACACUUGGACCAAGACAGUGCUACUCGACAAGAUCGUCCCUCAUCUCCCAAACUUGGACCAAGACAAUGAGCUCCGUGUCUUAGGAGCAGGCAGUGGAUCUGGGGAGAUAGAGUAUCCAUUCCUGACCGCACUCCUGAAGAAAUAUCCGAUCAUCACGAACCGUGUAGUUGAACCUGCCGAAGAUCAAAUCAUCAAGUACAGAGCACUGGUCCAAUCCAAGGGACACGAACUACAAGGUGUAAAGUUUGACUGGCGACAGCAAACCCUUGAACAACACAGAGAUACUGACGGAGUUGGAACCAAGUUUCAUUUCAUCAGCGCUAUUCACUCCCUGUACCACGUUGGUGACGUAGAGAGCUCCUUGAUGUAUAUGUACGACCUCCUUGAACCUGGUGGCAAAUUGCUUGUCAUUAUCAUGUCAGACGAGUGUGGUUGGUUCAAGCUCUGGAGAAGUGUUCCUGAUUCCUUGAAAAAGGAUCUGCGGUACUUUAGCCUUGCUUCAUUGCAGAGCCCGUUCAACCAACGUAACAUUCCAUACACCCACAGUUACCAAAACUGUGAAGUGGAUAUCACCCAGUGCUUCGACAAGACGUCUGAAGACGGGGAACUCUUGCUUGAAUUCCUCCUCCACGUGACGGAGUUUAAAAAGAAGGCAACCGCCUCACAGUAUCAAGACGUGAUUGAGCUUCUAGCCAGCAGUGAGUGCUCAAAGAAAGACGGGAGUAGAGUCAUCAUCAAUGUUGAAUGGGAUGCAGUCAUCGUUACUAAAAAGCUGUCUGAUAACUGAGAGUCCAAAGCAGAAUGAAUGGCCCGUGACCGCACGAGGACGCUCUCACAUUAUUGUUAUCACUUCCGGGUUAAUUUGUAUACACAUAAUUAUUGACUGGCAAUGAGGUAAAUAGUGUACGUCUAUUCCCCGAGGAACUUUGAGUGACGUGACUAGCGGAGGUCCCUCUUCUGGUCAGUCAAAUGCCCGAGGGGAAUAGACGAGCACUAUGUACCGACUAAUGCCAGUUCACCUCGGUCAAUUUGAAAUAAAAUAUAACAAUUUGAAAGGAAAGGAAGUUUUGUAGAGUUGCUAUAUUCACGGUUCUCGUCUAUAGAGGGCCCUGUAACCAGUCAAAAAUUAAAAGACUAGUGCCUGAUCGGACACUAUCAUGCGCGCGCGAUCACUAGACUAUAACACACCUCUUGCUUGUUCUGUAUUCUGGUUGGCUAAACACGGUCACGUAGGAUGAACUAUAGCCUUGUGAUCGCGCGUGUGUUUUUCAGGAACCAGUACCCGAGCGGGCAUUAGUCUUUGAAAAUAGUGCCCGGUUAUAUCGCCCUCUCUUUUUUUU